AUUGGUACUGAAAAAAAUAAAUAGUCAAUUAAAUACAAUUCACUUUUUUACAGCCUAUUUUGUGUAAUACAAAAUUAAAAACUUCUUUGUUUCAGAUAUUUGACGAGUGGCACUUCAGUCAGAAAUUUAUCUACAAGCUUUAGAUUAGGCGAAACAACUAUUAGGUCAAUAAUUAAGGAAGUGUGCAAAGCUGUUAUUGACAAAAUGAUGAGUGUUUAUAUGCCAACGCCUACAGCUGAAGAUUGGGAAAAAAUUACGGAAGGGUUUAGUGACAGGUGGAAUUUCCCAAACUGCAUUGGUGCCAUAGAUGGCAAGCAUAUAAAUAUAAUAGCUCCACCCAACAGCGGAUCGCUCUACUACAACUAUAAAAAACAUUUUUCGAUAGUUCUCUUGGCCAUAGUCGAUGAUAAAUACAGAUUUACAGUUGUUGACAUCGGUGCUUAUGGCAAAAACAGCGACGGUGGUAUUUUUGCAUCUUCAAAAAUUGGAAAACGAAUUCAAAAUAAUAGGUUCAAUAUUCCAAGUGACAAAGCAUUGCCCGGGACAAACGUAGCACUUCCACAUGUUUUCGUGGGCGAUGAGGCAUUUCCGUUACAAAAGAACAUAAUGAGGCCAUAUUCUCGUUCUCAACAACUAUCUCAGGACCAAAAAGAAUUUAACAAUCGCCUGUCACGCGCACGCAAAGUAGUCGAAGAUGCAUUCGGAAUAUUAUACCAAAAGUUUGAAAUAUACAAUAAAAAUAUUCGUUUAAAUCCAGACAUGGUUGAUAAUGUUGUUUUGACAACAUGUAUAUUGCAUAAUGUAAUGCGAACUUAUAAUAUCGAAAGUAACGAAGAGUACUGUUCCAGACCCAGGCCAGCGCAUCAUAACCUGCAUCAGGAGGCGUUCAAUGAUCUACGUCACAUUGGUGGAAUCACUACUGCUUUUAACAUACGUGAUUCGUUUGCUGCUUAUUUCAAAUCAUCGGUUGGACAGCUUCCAUGGAAUACUUAAUUUGCUUACUCGUAUUAUCAAUUUUUUUAUGAAUCACUAAUCAUCAAAUGUCAUAUAUGUGGAUCUCUAGUUAAUAACGAAUUAUGUGGUAGUACCUUGUUUCACAUAACAACGUUUGAAACAAUAUGGUCUCUUGUUUGAUUUACAUUGUAGGUUACAUAUCAUUUUUGUCCAUUACUAGCUUGCAAUGUUACCAAAUUAAAAUUAGACUAAAUGAACAUUAUGCAAAACAAGGGACAACCGAAUUAAGCACCAAUCUGUUGUACUAUCUUUUAUUUAAUAUUUUUAAUACAUAAAUAAUACCCGUUACCUGUUACCGCUAAGGUGUUGCUUAUUUCUGUCCAUGCUUCUUCCUUUUUUACAUUGUCACUGUACUUCGAGUCACUUAGAUCAUAUAAUAAAGUAUAUUUACGAACUUC